AUGGGCAAGCGCAAGUCCGAGUCGGAGCAGCCUGGCGAGGAGCCUGCUCAUGACGCCCGCGUCCCGAAGGCCGUGAAGCUUGCCAGAGAUGCCCUCCAGGUCGCAGGUGUCGACGUGUCCGAGGUGAAGCCUGAUGACUUCAACGUGCUGAGCCCGAAGGCCGUGAACGACCUCUACAACGCCAUGCGCCACCACCUCAAGACCAGGAAUGGGGACGGCUUCAAGGAGUACUGCACCGUGAAGACGGACUCUGAGAGGCGCGAGUGGCUCUCGCGCUUCAUCAUCGACCCGAAGAGCGGCGGCUGCAGGGGCUUCAGCCAGACUACCUGCACCAGGUCCAUCACCGACGAGUCGGAGAUCCAGUGGUGCACGAUCGACCAGCUGGGGAGCGCUAACUGGUUCAACAACGCCGAGCGCGCGAGGCUCGUCGCCGAGAGCGGCGAGCUCGACUCGCG